UGUUUACAUAUAACGUUUAGUGGCAGCUCCUUUUCGUUUGACGUUUGUGCUUUUCACAUCAAAACAAAUUUUAAAUAAACUGUUUUCUGUGUCAAAAUUUGUGUUGUUCCGUUAAAAAAAGCAAUUCUAUUAGUGUAUACACAUACACAUUUAUAUAAUUUUUGUUUUUCAAAAAACUAAAAUUUUUGUUACAAUGACAAGACGUGGUACAGCUCGUAAAACACUUCAAGUAACCUCUCCGCCAAAACCGCUGGCGAAGACUCCAAAAAAGGCGCAGAUGUGUCGUUCACCAAACAUCGACAAACAACCGGCGAAAUCGGUAUACACCAUGACUUCCCGUGAUUUCCAAAGCGACACAAAUGCACACGUCGAAGUAAUUGCGGAGAAUUUAAAAGAUUUUUGUUGCAUCAAUUUCUUCCAAGCGGCGAUAAUGCAUAAUAAACAUCUCUUUCGUGGUCGCACGGUUUUGGACAUAGGUUGUGGUGUGGGUAUACUCUCAUUGUUUGCCGCCAAGGCUGGUGCGGCGCAUGUGUAUGCGGUGGACUCAUCAAAUGUGCUGGAUUACACAGAACAAAUUGUACGCGAUAAUGGUUAUGUCGAUGUUAUACAUGUGAUCAAAGGAUCAUUGGAAAAUAUUGUGCUGCCAGUUGAAGAAGUUGAUAUCAUUAUAUGCAAUUGGUUGGGUUAUUCAAUGUUAUUUCAAGCGGCUUGUAAUUCGGUAAUUUAUGCACGUGACAAAUGGCUGAAGAAGGAUAAUGGUAUUAUACUACCCGAUGUGGCAAAAUUAUUUAUGGCUGCAAUAGAGGAUAAUAAGCGCAAGAAUGAGCGCGUCGAAUGGUGGAACGAUGUGUAUGGUGUAAAUAUGAAAUGUGUGCGUGAUUUUGCAUUAUCCGAACCAAGUUUUCAACUAGUGGAACCAAAGCAGUUAAUGAGCACGCAAUUCGGCGUAAAGUAUCUCAACAUGUACACCGCCACAAAGAAGGACUUGCAAUUCCGUUGCAAAUAUAUGUUAGAAAUGCAACGUGGUGGACAUAUGGAUGGCAUUGUCACCUAUUUCCAUGUUUUCUUCUCAAAGUCGCAUACACCAAUGGGUUUCAGCACAGAUCCUUCGGUAUGGCGUACACAUUGGAUGCAAACGGUAUUUUUCUUUGACAAAUCUGUCUACGUCAAAGCUGGUGAACUUUAUUAUGGUGGCAUAGAAAUGUGUUCGGUCGGUGACGGUUGUAAUCUCAAUAAUAUGGAGUUGAGCCUCGAAAUGUUCAGUGGCGAUCCCUCUCAAUUACAACUAGAAGCAGAAAUGCGCUGGAAAAUGAAACCGCACGCCGCUAUAAUAAAUGAUAGAAUUCUGGAAAAGAGUGAAACAAUUGCCGAAAAAAGUGACGCGAGUGUAAAAAAUAAAAUCGCUAAGGAUGAAAAAGAAAAGCAGCACGUUGAUACUAAAAUCUUGCUUGCGCCAAAGAAAAAUGAUUGUUCACCCAAAGAGUCUAUAGCAAAAACGGUUAAAGAGUACUCUGUAACAAAUGUACCUACCAGCGUAGAAAUUGGCAAUUACUCAUACCCCUGCAAUGUAGUGAAGCGGAACAAGAAAGUAAAGAAUUCAAAGAAGGGCUAAAAAUACCACCUGUAAAGGAGUCUAGUGAUUCUAUUGUUAUGUUUUAUAUACCUCAACAUUUCCAACUGUACAAAUAUAAACUGUUUUAUACACAGAGAUAAGGCUGAAUUUUGGAUAACUAUUUAAUCCAAUAUUGUCAUUACUAAAAGAAAGAAAUUAUAUUACAUUUAUUAAAAAUAAUAUACAUAUAUUGUGGUUCUUUGUGUAUUGUGGUUUAUUUUAGUAGUGCUUUGAAAGUGAAUAUUAUUGUAAAUAUCAACAACAUACGUUGUAAAUGUGUUUUCUUUACUUGAAUGAAAGUUCAUAUUAAAUGUGGUGUGUCCAGUACAACUGAAAACUUGCAUUGCUCAUGCUGAAUGAGCCAACUACGUCAUCUGUAACUGCUCUAAUGGUGAUUCAUUGAUACUUCUAUACUGUUUUCGUCAUUUCAACAGUUUUCCUCUGCCGUUUCUUGAGUUGUUUGUGUGCUCAAAAUAUACGCUUUGUAGAAUUUGAUGCUUUUAUGAACACAUUGCUUGCCUAGUUGAGUCAACAUCAUAAAUCAUAUAUCACAAGACCACGAAGCCUACUACCGUUCCCACGACAGCCUGGUCUACAUUAUCGGAACAGAUCCGGACUUUAAUCCCGCCAAAGGCUGUCAAAUCGGCAGUAUUCUUUAAAUUUUUUUGGCGAAUGUUUUAUGCCGCUACAACAACAACAUCUACUUGAAACCAUUUUUGUGUCUAGUCGAAAUUGUUUUUUUAAAAACGCAGCAAUUUACAAAAAUUAAGUCAAUACUUUAUUAAUGUUUUCCUUUAAUACAACUGCAUACACUAAUAAUGUAUUUUCAACCAAUAACUAUAAAUAUUGGCUUUAAAUGUUAUUUUUAGCUCAACAAUUUUAGUAAUUAUGCUUUAUUUUCGUAAUAAGUUAAUAAUUGCAUAUAUAUUUUCCAAUGAAUUAACACAAUGAAUUCAAUUAACAAUACAAUUUCAUUUAGUUACUUAAGGUACAAACAUUUUACCGUUAACAUAUUUGUAUGUUUGUGUCUAUGGUGUGUAUGUAUGUAUGUAUGUACAACAACUGCAAAGCAAUUACAAUAGUAGUUUGUUUGGGGACUAUUAUACCUAUAUAAUUGCAUAUAAAAGCUCAUAAGUUGAAAAUGCGAAACUUCGUGUGCACAUACAUACAUUUCAUAU